AUGCCUACACACGGCGAGGCAACUGAUGGAAAAUGGUGGAAGAAAAUCACGACACGGCUGAUGGCCCAAGCCACGAAAGUCAAACACGAUGGCGAGAGCGACAAGCGACAGCAACGCGCCUCGCAGCAGGAUCAAACACUUCAGCCGGCGACAACGAUGGAUACUAACAAAGUCACAUCUUGUAGCCCUAUUGUAGAUCCAGAAACGCCACAUCCCCUUCCGUCGCAAUCUACUCAGAACAACCCUUAUGGCAAGAGAGUAGAUUCGCUUCGAAAUCGACGAGCGCGCAACCCGGCCGCCACAUGCGAAGCUGAAACCCUGGGACCAAGUACUUCCGUUGAAGAGCAAACAAGGUUAUAUGCUGCCCUCGCCCAUGCAACCCACGAAGGAGACGAAGAAUUAGUGCGGACGCUAUUAGUUGAUUCGGGGGCGCGAGUGCUUCCAGGCCCAUCUGAGCCAACCAGAGAUUGCGGUAGCUUUCGUUGCACAAUUCAGCCCAGCCCUUUGCACGAAGCUAUCUCCAUGGGACAUACCAAUCUUGCGAGCCUUUUACUUGAUAGAUUCGUGCUCAAUGGCGGCCAGCACGGCGGGCCAGCCAGUGGAUCCGAGAAGAGGAAGUUGGCCGAGAUGAGGGAUGUGAAAGGGAGGACACUUCUGGCUACCGCUUGCGUAGCAGGGAAUGCAGAAGUGGUUAAGAAAUUAUUGGAUAUAGGCGCCAAAACCGAAAUUCGCGACAGAAAUGGCCUCACCGCACUCCAUUUAGCUGCCCGGUCUCCCACGCCCUCUCCCUCUGUCGUCAAGUUAUUGAUUGACUAUGGGGCUGACAAGAGUGCCAGAGAUGACAGUUGGAUAACACUUUUGCAAGAUGCCGAGAACAACUUGCUGCCCGAAGAAGUGGCCAUUCUUCUAAGGCCAGCCGCCUUGCCUCCUCAACCAAAGCAGCGCAGGAAAAGGCCACGGGUUCCUCUUCCCAAGGCCAAUAUGGACCACCAAUCAGUGGAUUCGAAUGAUGGGAAACAGGACAAACAAGACACAUCGUGGUUAGACGGGGUGGUGAUACGCCACAGCGAGCGAGAGGUCUAA